CACACAGCAGAAGUUGAGAGCGCGCCGCUCCGGAUCUAUUCUGGAGGUUUCGCUGUUCUAAUCACACACGCGAUCGUUCUGAGAGGAUCCGUCUGAGAAUUCUGCUAUGAACCGGGUGCGUCAGAAAGCGUGAUUGAUCAUUGACGAGCGAUUGAAUGACUGAAACAUUUGUCCACCUGCAGCUGGAGACGCCGGUGCGCUGAGUGCGUCUUGCGGGUUUUGCGCUUUUACGCAUCGGCUGGAUUUGCGCACAGGAGGGAUGUUGAAGACACCUGUCGUGAUUUUCACUUCUUUAUCGCUUCUAUUGUCGCUGUCAUGUGCUGGAGAUGUAAAUUCGCGCAGCUGCAGCGAUGUGCGCCAGGCGUUCACGACCAAAGGCUUCAGUCUCCAUAAUGUGCCACAUCAGGAGAUAUCAGGUGAACAACUGCGGGUUUGUUCCCAAGGCUACACAUGCUGCACUUCAGACAUGGAGGACAGGCUUAGCCAGCAGAGUAAACUGGAUUUUGAGAAAUUAGUGGAUGAGAACAGCCUCAACAUACGGACGAUAUUUACCUCCAGACAUAAAAAGUUUGACGAAUUCUUUCUGGAGUUGCUGGACAACUCGGAAAAGUCACUAAAUGCCAUGUUUGUGCGCACAUAUGGCAAACUGUACACACACAACUCAGAGAUUUUUGAGGACCUGUUCUCAGAGCUCAAGCGUUACUACACCGGCGGAAACGUCAUCCUGGAGGAAGUGCUGAAUGACUUCUGGUCGAGACUUCUGGAGCGCAUGUUUCAGCUGCUGAACUCUCAGCACACCUUCACUGAUGACUAUCUGGAGUGUAUCAGCAAAUACACCGACCAGUUAAAGCCCUUUGGAGAUGUUCCGCGCAAGCUCAAGGCUCAGGUCACCAAGGCCUUCAUUGCGGCUCGCUCGUUCGUUCAAGGACUCAUGGUGGGUCGAGAAGUGGCCAACAGAGUGGCAAAGGUCAAUAUAUCUCCAGCCUGCAGUAAAGCAUUGACCAAAAUGCUGUACUGUCCAUACUGUGGAGGACUGCCAGGCCUCAAACCCUGUGCCAACUACUGUCAAAAUGUCAUGCGGGGCUGCCUGGCCAACCAAGCGGACCUGGACCCUGAGUGGAACCUCUUCAUCGAUGCCAUGCUGCUGGUGGCUGACAGACUGGAGGGACCCUUCAACAUCGAGGCCGUCAUGGAGCCGAUAGAUGUGAAGAUCUCAGAGGCCAUCAUGGCCAUGCAGGACAACAGCAUGCAAGUUUCAUCCAAGGUAUUUCAGGGAUGUGGUCAUCCCAAACCAGCUGGAGUUGGCCGAUCUGCCCGCGGGAUCUCAGAUGUAUUCAACAGUCGCUUCAGACCCUACAGCCCAGAAGAGAGGCCGACCACAGCAGCUGGCACCAGCUUAGAAAGACUGAGGAUUGUCUGGAAGACGAUGCAACACAGCGUGAUCGACAUUAAGGAGAAGCUGAAGGAGUCGAAGAAAUUCUGGUCAUCACUGCCAGACAGCAUCUGCGCAGAGGACGAAGUGGCUGACCCAGAUGAGGAGCAGUGCUGGAACAGUCACACAAAGGGAAGAUAUUUCCCUGAAGUUGUAAAAGACGGCCUUACGAACCAGCUCAAUAACCCAGAGGUGGAAGUGGACAUCACUAGACCAGACACCUUCAUCAGACAGCAGAUCAUGACCCUGCGAGUGAUGACCAACAAGCUGCGAAACGCCUACAAUGGCAAAGACGUCUACUUCCAAGACUCCAGUGAUGAGGAGAGUGGCUCAGGCAGUGGAAGUGGCUUCACGACUGAGCCUGAAGUGGUCCACACGGAGCCCCCGAUGCUGGAAGCAGACAAAAGCGACCCACAACCACCAACAGAUGAGGCGGCCCAUCAGCAAAAGCCUAUGUUGCAGUUACUAGUGGUAGUAACGGCCCUCACAUGGCUGCUGCUGUGGCUGAGAUAAUGGCAGUAGGCGGCACGCAGCCACACGGACGUUUGAGACAGACGCAGUGUCGCUCGCGCUCUUAGCCUUUCCAUAACUGGACUGGACGUUUUCCAAAAAAAUAAAUAAAAUUGUUAUAAAAUAUAUCAAGAAAUAACCCAUGAGAAAGGAGAGCAAGCUAAAUAGCUAGGUGUGAUGAGAAGGAAGAGUGAGCAAAGACCUUUGCAUCCUGCUUGUUCCAAAGAAUGCUUGGUGCAAUCAGAAGCAGCUUCUCUUUUGGCCUCUCAUUUCUAAAUGAAUUUAAGAGAAAAACAAACUUUUCGGGGUGAAAAGUGGUCGCCAUGCAAAUGGGAUUGCUUUACUUUUUUGGAAGAGAAUGGGAAAAUAUGAAAAUCUAUAUUUUUGCUUUCCUUUUAUACUGCAUAAAUGAGACGCCAAAGUACGCUCUGGUGGGUUUUUUUCUGUUUUGUGUUUUCUUAAUGUUUCACCCCUCCUAAAUCAUUGUACGAUAAAAAAAGAAAAAAAAAGAGACGUUAUAAAGAAAAAGAAACAAUAAAAACUAUAUAAAUCACGUUGUUUAUGUACCACUGUGAGAAUGCAUGGGAAGGUCCUGAGUAAAUGUUUUUUUCAGUAACACAUAAUUGAUUUUCACACAAUUGUAAAGCUUUAUAAUUUUUUUUUUUUCCGUUUGUUUCUUUUCAUUAUUUUAUUUAUUUAUUUUAAUUGUUUUGCUAGGCUUAUGGAAAUUUAAGGUAAUUUUUGUAAGAUUUUGUAAGAUGGUUUUAGGUGAGCGUGAAGGUCAGGUUUUACAGAGGGCUGCUCCUGCUUAAUUCAAAAUAAAUUAUCCUAAUUUUAAUAUAUAAAAUGUUUUCUUACAGAGAAAGAUUUAUUUAUAUUUCUAAUAUAAUUAUAUAUUUUGGCUUUACCAGUUAGCAUCUUUUAUUCAAAACCGCAUAUCUAACAAAAUCUAACAAAAUUUAGCUCUUUUCGGAGGAAAUUCAUUAAUUUACUUUACAAAUAUUAGUUUUUCGAUCUGGAUUCAGUCUUAUAAAAUUGCCUAAGUCUGAAAUUUCUUACUGAGACAUUUCCUCUGCCCCAUAUGUAAUUGUGAGUUGGGACAGUCAAAAAGUAUUUAAAAGCCAGUGAUAAACCCGACUCAGUCAUCUUCCUGACGCUCAUUUAUAUACGUCUCAUUGUAAUCAAUUAUGUAUGCACAACCCUCAUUUACUCAUCAACAUUUAUUAUUAUUAUUAUUUUUUCUUUAUAUGUAGCUUAACAUAUCAGCGUUUCAUUUAUAAACAUUUAUGUGUACAUUUGAAUCAACAGGCCUCAUUCAUGAAACUACAGCAGAUUAAAUCUGCAUGUACAUAAGCAAUAUAUAAAUACAUCUAUUUUAUAUAAUGAUGACAAAAUUAUUAUUUUUAUUUGCAUUCUGAACAGAUUUUGGGGAAAAAAAUUCACUACAUCAUUCGCUCACCAGUGGAUACUUGCACUGAAUGGGUGCCGUCACAAUUAGAGUCCAAACAGCUGAUUAAAAAAAAAAAAAAUACUUCAUAAUAAUCCAAUACAAUAGUCUUGAUGAAUUUGUUUCAAACACACAAUCUUUGGUUUCAUAAGAUUUUGAUUGUUGGUCUGGAGUCAUGUGGAUUACUAGUGGAUUAUUGUGAUGUUUUUAUCAGUUGUUUGGACUCUCCAUCUGAUGGCACCCAUUCACUGCAGACGAUCCAUUGGUGAGUAAAUUCCUAAAAUGUAAUAAUAAUAAUAAUAUAUAUAUAUAUAUAUAUAUAUAUAUAAUGAAAUAUUUACACAGAAAUCUGUUAUGCUAAUGUUUCACAAAUGAGGCCCAGUAAGUUUGAGUCACUAUGAAUGUUACAAGGGCUCUUUCUUGAUUUGAUCCAGUGCAAUUCAAAUCCGAUUUACACAUUGACAGAAUUACCAGGCCUCCCGUUAUGAAUGCUGGCAUGUGUUAAUGUAUCGUUUUAUGACAGCCUCUCCAAACAACUUAUCGUUUAUGGAAGGACACCGUGCAUUCAUCCAGAGCUGUAAAGCUGUUCUUUAUGUUCAAAGCCGCCUGCUAAAACACUCUUUUCAUCACUGAAAUGAAAAGAUGCUAAAAGAUCCUCUAAUGUCCUCUUCUCAUAGAUGCGUGAAGGUUGAAUUGAAGUAUCAGUGAGGAUGGGUGCCAUGUGGAAUAUAGACACAAACAGCUUAAAAAAAAAAAAAAAAAA